AUGGUCAACAUCAUCACUAUCUUUGUUCCUGACUCCACCAUAAUAACCAGAAUACUAUGUACAGUGUCAGAAUUUGUUAUAACGAAGUCUGAUUUAGGAUAUGAUACUGGACACACCAGCGUAUCUUCUCAGAGAAGAUCUUGGCCGUUAUGGAGAACCAUCCUUAUUUUUCUUGGAGUUGUGGCAAUUUGGGGAUUAACUAUUGGCCUCCUUGUCCAUUUUCUGGCAGUUGAAAAGACUUACUAUUACCAAGGUGAUUUUGAUAUUUCUGGAAUCACAUACAAUGAUAAUUGUGAAAAAACGGUUUCACAGGCCAGCACAGAUCUGAGCAAAGAUACUGAGAUUAAGAUGUCUGAUGCACUUCAAAAUUCUAGUGUAUACAAAGAAUAUAUAAACUCAAAAGUCAUCAAACUUCUUCCUGAUUCCAAUGGUUCAAAUGUACAGUUACAGUUGACAUUCAAGUUUCCUCCAGCAAAAAAGAAUAGCAUGAGGACUAAAAUCAAGAUUAUUUUACAUCAGAAGUUGAAGGACACCAUGGCAUCCUGGAAUGCAGUUCCCACUUCCAUUAAAGUUACAGAAAUCAUCAAGAAUAAUGUUGAAAUGCUUACCAACAAAUGUUGUGGGAGAAGACUGACCAACAGUAUCACAGUAGGCAACCGAAUUGUGAAUGGGGAAAAUGCACUGUGGCCUCCACUGAUCAGCAGCAGGUGGCUCCUAUCUGCAGCGCAUUGCUUUGCUAGGAAAAAAUAAUCAGAAGAUUGGAGGGUUAACUUUGGAACUGUAGUAAAUAAACCGUAUAUGACACGGAAAGUUCAAAACAUUAUUAUUCAUGAAAAUUUUAGUGGCCCUGGCAUUCAUGAUGAUAUUGCCCUUGUACAGCUCGCUGAAGAAGUCUCUUUUACGAGGUAUGUUCAUGAUUUGAAGAUUUGUCUUCCUGAAGCCAAAAUGAAACUCUCAGCAAAUGACAGUGUUGUAGUUACAGGAUGGGGAACACUUUAUAUGAAUGGUCUUCUUCCAGUGAUACUUCAGCAGACCUUUUUGAAGAUUAUUGAUAACAGAGUUUGCAAUGCUCCAUAUGCAUUAUCUGGCUUGGUGACUGAUACAAUACUAUGUGCUGGAUUUAUGUCAGGAGAAGCAAAUGCCUGUCAGAAUGAUUCUGGUGGAUCACUAGCUUACUCCAACUCUAGGAACAUCUGGCACCUUGUUCAAAUAGUAAGAGCGGGAGAAGAGUGUGGUAAAAAGAAUAAACCAGGUGUCUACACUUGAGUGACUGCUUAUCAUGACUGGAUUACCUCCAAGACAGGACUCUGA